CCAAAUGUCUCUUAAAUCUAUCACCCUUUUCCUAUGUCUUGUUUAUAGCUUCUUUGAGACGUCGUUUUCAGCUUAUUUAGCACCCAUUGCAGUUGAUUUUGCUACCAGGCAGUACACAAUAUCAAUUUACAUUAAAACGCCUCCCCAGCCCACAAAUUUACUUUUUGAUCUUGGUGCUUCUUUCAGCUGGGUUGACUGUACCCAUAACUACAGUUCCUCUACGUAUAAGUCCAUUCCGUGCAGUUCCUCUCUUUGCAAUUCGCUCGGUUCACAUGCAUGUUCCAACUGCUUCCGUUUGCCCGGUCCGGGUUGUUCCAACGACUCGUGCAUACUUUUCCCUGUAAACUCAGUGACUCGGAGAUCAACAAUGGCGAAUGCACUGACUGAUUGGCUUUCUCUACCCCACACCGAUGGACGUAACCCUGGACAACUCGGUGCUAUCCCCGAGUUCGUAUUCUCAUGUUCCAAAAAGAAGUCUUUACUUAAAGGCCUUGUUAAAGGGGUGGUCGGUGUAGCCGGUCUGGACCGGUCUAACUUUUCUCUCUCAGCGCAGAUUAGCAACACCCUCUCCUCUCCUAACUUAUUUGCACUUUGCCUGUCCGGCUCACCCUCGGCUCCGGGUUUGGUAUUCUUGGGUACUAGAGGGCCAUACUAUUUUUAUCCACAAAUUGACCUCUCAAAAUAUCUUAUUUACACUCCACUCCUGUCAAAUCCGUUGAGAAGCUCUCUAGAAAUUUACAGGUACCCCUCGGCUGAGUAUUUCAUUGGUUUGACUUCCAUAAAAGUCAACGAAAAAGUUGUACAAUUUGAUCCAAGACUUCUCAAUAUCGACCCAAAUGGCUUUGGUGGGACCAAGCUGAGCACCGUAACUCCAUACACCAUGCUACAUUCUACAAUUUUCAAGGCUCUCACCAACGCAUUUGUAAAUGAAUCAUCUGCGCUCAAUCUCACAAUGACAGAACCAGUAAAGCCGUUCAGUGUGUGUUACAAUGCAGACGAUGUUCGUGACACGAGCCUAGGACCUGCUGCUGUAACCAUUGAUCUCGUUAUGCAGAGUGAUGAUGUGUUUUGGAGAAUCUUUGGAUCGAAUUCGAUGGUCAGAAUUGUACGUGAAGGAAUUGACGUGUGGUGCCUAGGGUUUUUGGAUGGUGGAGCCAACAUGCGAACCGCGCUUGUGAUUGGAGGGCACCAAAUGGAGGACAAUUUGCUGCAAUUUGAUCUAGACAACAAUAGACUAGGGUUUAGUUCUUCUGUUUUAGCACAUGGUACAAUGUGUGCCAAUUUCAAUUUUACAACAAAUAGUAACUUAGGAUGAGCAAUUGCACUCUUCUUGGACAAUGUUAAGUAUGCUAAAUAUUACAUG